AUGAAGAGGCAGAACGUGCGGACUCUGUCCCUCAUCGUCUGCACCUUCACCUACCUGCUGGUGGGCGCCGCCGUCUUCGACGCCCUCGAGUCGGACCACGAGAUGCGCGAGGAGGAGAAACUCAAAGCCGAGGAGAUCCGGAUCAAGGGGAAGUACAACAUCAGCGCCGAGGACUACCGGCAGCUGGAGCUGGUGAUCCUGCAGUCGGAGCCGCACCGCGCCGGCGUCCAGUGGAAAUUCGCCGGCUCCUUCUACUUUGCCAUCACGGUCAUCACCACCAUAGGUUAUGGGCACGCUGCCCCUGGCACCGACGCGGGCAAGGCCUUCUGCAUGUUCUACGCCGUGCUGGGCAUCCCGCUGACGCUGGUCAUGUUCCAGAGCCUGGGCGAGCGGAUGAACACCUUUGUGCGCUACCUGCUGAAGCGCAUCAAGAAGUGUUGUGGGAUGCGCAACACGGAGGUGUCCAUGGAGAACAUGGUAACCGUGGGCUUCUUCUCCUGCAUGGGGACGCUGUGCAUCGGGGCGGCUGCUUUCUCCCAGUGCGAAGAGUGGAGCUUCUUCCACGCCUAUUACUACUGCUUCAUCACGUUGACUACCAUUGGGUUCGGGGACUAUGUGGCCCUGCAGACCAAGGGCGCCCUGCAGAAGAAGCCGCUCUAUGUGGCCUUUAGCUUUAUGUAUAUCCUGGUGGGGCUGACAGUCAUCGGGGCCUUCCUCAACCUGGUGGUCCUCAGGUUCUUGACCAUGAACAGCGAGGACGAGCGGCGGGACGCUGAGGAGAGGGCGUCGCUGGCCGGAAACCGCAACAGCAUGGUCAUCCACAUCCCCGAUGAGGCGCGGCAGGGCCGGCCCCGGUACAAGGCGGACAUGCCGGACCUGCAGUCUGUGUGCUCCUGCACCUGCUACCGCCCGCAGGAGUACGGAGGCCGCCCGGCCGCGCAGCAGAACUCCUUCAGCGCCAAGCUCGCCCCCCACUACUUCCACUCCAUCUCGUACAAGAUCGAGGAGAUCUCACCAAGCACAUUGAAAAACAGCCUCUUCCCCUCCCCCAUCAGCUCCAUUUCUCCUGGGUUACAUAGCUUUACCGACAACCACAGGCUGAUGAGGCGGCGGAAGUCCAUUUAG